CCUACUUCUACUCUCGGCGCAGGCGCGGCAGUGGGCCGAGGGUGGCGGGGUCGCCAAGGCGCGGACGCUGCUAUCCACCAUGGUGCUGGAGAGCGUGGCCCGCAUCGUGAAGGUGCAACUCCCUGCCUAUUUGAAGCGGCUCCCGGUCCCGGAAAGCAUCACCGGCUUCGCGCACCUCACAGUUGCAGAAUGGCUCCGGCUGCUGCCUUUCCUGGGCGUGCUCGCUCUUCUCGGCUACCUCGCAGUCCGCCCGUUCUUCCCGAAGAAGAAGCAACAGAAGGACAGCUUGAUAAACCUUAAGAUCCAGAAGGAAAACCCCAAAGUGGUGAAUGAAAUCAACAUCGAAGACUUGUGUCUCGCCAAAGCCGCGUACUGCCGGUGUUGGCGCUCGAAGACGUUUCCAGCCUGUGAUGGCUCCCAUAACAAACAUAACGAGCUGACAGGAGAUAACGUGGGUCCGCUCAUCCUGAAGAAGAAGGAAGUAUAACAUGACGACACUGGGUCCAUUCGUCGUGCUGUAGAAUCUUAUGGUUUUUCCUCAUUCUUUUUGUAUUCUUUGAAAUGGUGGUCUUAAUUAUUACUAGGUGAAUAAUUAUUUCUGCCGGUUUAUUUUCUUGCUACACUACUGUUUAUAUUUGAUAUUUUGUAUAUUCAAACAUUUAUGUAGAAAUUAAAUCGUCAAGCCUCAGUCUGUCUUCAGAGAAUUAAUAUAUCUUCCAGCAAUAAAAUCAGUUCCUCUUUUUGUUUUUUUUUUAAUGGGGAUUGAACUUAGGACAUUGCAGUUGCCAGGCAGGUGCUGUGUGCUGAGAUGUAUCGCUGGCCCCUCUUAUUUUAAUUGACUGAGAAAGCCUAAAUUUUGGCAAUGGAUCUAAAACUGUUUGGAUAUUAAUAUUUCAGCAGAAUAUACUUUAAAAAUUUUUCUUACAUUACUAUUUUUUUUUCUUGGUACUGGUGACCUUGUACUUGUGAGGUAGGUGGUGGAACCACUGAGCUAAAUACCCAGCAGUAUUACUAUUUUUUUGUACAACUUUUGUUUGAUCUGUUACAUGGCUUGCUCCUUUCUGACCUUCCACAGGCCUUUUUGCGGGGUGGUACUGGAGCUCGAACUCAGGACCUAGCAAGUGCCAGGCAAGUGGUCUGCCACCGUACUCCAUCCCCAGCCUCUUUAGGGGAACUAAGAAAAAUGCUGACGUGAAGAAUGACUUGAGGUCACAGGUAGCAAUUUUGGUUUCUAGAGAUUGUUCCUCAUGAAUAUGAAUACCACAAUUUCAGAGUUAAACUGGACAUAAAAUUUCUAAUGAGGAACAGUUUUUGUAAAUUAUAAAAGGUUUGCUUACAAAAGGUGUGCAUGUGUGUGUGUGACUGACACGGGUGGGGUGGCAGGAAGGCUUGCAGCUAAACUCAUGGGCUGCUGCAGUUUGAAGCUGAAUUAAAAAUAAAAAAUGCCUGAGUUCUGAUUAAAACCAAAUUGUGUUUAAAUAAACAACUUCUCUUUAGGAGUUUUAAGUACGAAACAGUUUUCAAAAUAAAUUUACUGGAGAGUUUAAAACACGUUUGUAAUUUUUAGCCCACCAUUAAGAGACUGUGAAUCGCGAUUCUCAAUUACUAGCUACCCUUG